AUGAACGAAAUUGAAGAACAUCAUAUUGAAAACAUUGCAGAGAAGAAGAAGAAGAAGAAGAAGAAGAAGAAGGAAAUGGACGGUGUGGAGAGGAGGCGGCAACGGUGGAGGCAACUGAAACAACGGCUGGGAUUUAAAGGGAUGGGCUGUUGUGGGUCCUCUUGGGGUCUCAGAGUCUCCGACAUGGCUACCAGAGAAGAAGAAGAACAAGAAGAGCUAACCCACCAAGAAUAUUAUCAAGAACAACCAAUCAGACGCCAUGUGGGUCAGAUUCAGGCGAAUUCUAACACCCAGCCACCUUGUGUUGGUCAGAUUCAGGCGAAUUUCAACGUAUAUCCACCUUGGGUGGCUCAGAUUCCGGCGAAUUCUGUCGUAUAUUCACCUUGGUUGGCUCAGACUCCGGCGAAUUCAGACGUAUAUCCACCGCGUGUGGGUCAGAUACCAGGAAAUUCCGGAGUGAACUUAGCGACGGCGCUGGCGGCGGAGCGCCACAUGCGGGAGGUGGGUCCGACGACAGGAGCGCCUUUGAAGUCGUUGAUGAGGAUGUUUGAAGAAACGGACGGUGUGGAUUUUAAGAAGAGGAAAAAGAGAGAGAAUGCGGGGGAGAUUGAUUCACUGUGCUGCGUGUGCAUGGAAAGGAAUAAGGGUGCGGCUUUUAUACCCUGUGGGCACACAUACUGUAGGGUGUGUUCUGGUGAGCUGUGGUUGAAUCGAGGGUCGUGUCCUCUCUGCAACCGUAAGAUUAAUCAGAUCCUUGAUAUCUUCUAGAUGGAG